UUGUAUUGUAUUGUAUUGUAUUGUAUUGUAUUGUAUUGUAUUGUAUUGUAUUGUAUUGUUGAGGGCUGGAUGAGAGAACAGCUAGAUCAUCUGCAAAGUCCAGGUCUUCUAACUGAGACAACAGCGUCAAUAUUAUGCCUCUUGGUUUGUCCGAUUUUGUAUUGCGCAUGAUCCAGUCAAUAGAAAGAAGAAAGAGCACAGGCGAGAUGAUGCAGCCUUGUCUCACACCAGAUUGCACAGGGAACCACUCCGAUAAAUUUCCGCUGACUAUGACGCUGCAUUCAAAAUGUUGGUAGAACAACUCUGUCAAGGUCGCCAAUUUGAGGGGAUCCCCAUAGGACCUAACGAUCUUCCAAAGAUGGACGCGAUGCAGACUAUCGAAAGCUUUCUUAAAGUCAAUGAAAUUGAUGUAAAGAGGAAAGUUCCAUUCUAAACAUUGUUCGAUGAUGUUUCUUAGAGAAAAAAUCGGGUCUAUGCAGCCUCUUCCCUUUCUGAAUCCGGCCUGUUCUUCCCUCACUCUGGAGUCAAUUGCCGGGUCUAUUCUUAGAAGAAGGAUACGAAAGUACACAUUAGAUGGUAUAGAUAGUAGUGUUAUGCCUCGCCAGUUGUCACAGGUGUUGAGGCUUCCUUUCUUGGGAAGUUUUACAAUAAGACCCCUGGCCCAGUCUUCUGGUAUUGUUUCACAUUUCAGUCAAAAUAGAGGGUUUAUUAUCAGAAUUUAGCCUAACAAACCCCCCCACCCUAGGGCUUGACAUUGAUUAUGCAAUUAUCUUUGAAUUCCUUUCUUUUGUUUUCAAUACAAUUCACAUGCUAACUCCAGAUAAAGCAAGUCACAUGCCUUGGCUCCCUACGCAGACAAAACAGAAAACGGUGAUUAUAAUUCAGCGGCUAAGAGAUAUCAUCCUUUCAUCAAUAGCCUUAGAAGAAUUGUUUGUGUUUCUCACACUAGAACGCCUUAUUUGUACUAUAUCGAUAAGGACCAUGACCUCACAAGAAACCGAAGAAGAGGUUGCACUUCACGGUCAGGGAGAUUCUACUCAUGCAAAAACGACAACAUUCACCUCUAGUUCUUCGAGACUCUGGAAAUAUUUGUCUUUGAUUCUACUUCUGCUAUGUUUGGCGUUACUUAUUGCACUCAUUGUAGUAGCAACUCGUGGGAACGACCAAAGGCCAGUACGCACAUCUGAUAAAGUUACACCACAAUGUGCUGAAGGAAUGUCACGGGAGUCCACGAGUUCGUCAGAGCGAGGGCUGUUUGAGGACCUACUAGAGGACGAACACAAAGCGGUACGAGACUACAUGCUAGGGAUUGAAAAGCUUGGACUAACACCGGUACAUGUUGCACAAUUUAAAGCCAAAGUAGACUCAAACUUUAUUGCAAUGAUACAAUUUCAGCCGCCUUCUAAAGCAGCCGCUUUAAGAUAUCUUGACAAAAAUCAAGCCAAACCGGAACGAGAAGCACUUGUGGUAAUAUUCAAAGGAGCAGCGAAGCCCCCUAUAGUUGAAGAAUAUAUCGUUGGGCCUGUAUCGAAACCGACUAGCCAUCGCCUAAGGGUGAUCCCUGGGCGAUCGUAUCCGAUUGCUUUCGACUCCCGACCUUUCUUAUCAGUAGAGAUUAGAGCCCUAAGUCAUAUUUGGAAGAAUGUGUCACGUAAGGCUUACCGUUUGUUGACAGAGAGCUUUGACGGCUACUCCUAUCACAAUUGCACGGAUCGCUGCCUUACUAUGCAGUUCUCUGCUCCCGUGGGUUACACAAACAAAACCCGUGGUGCCUGGUAUGCCUUCCACCGCGAUCACCCUCCAUUGUUCGUAUACCCACUGCCCUUCGAAAUUUAUAUUGAUCACGCAGGCUCAGAUACCUCUAAAUGGAGCGUCGGAAAAGUCUACUACAAUGGACAGCUUUUCGAUUCCCUAGACGCACUCUUGGUAGCAUAUGAUGCUGAUACUUUAAACAAAACCAAGAUCCCUGACACUGACACACUCUUUUCCUCCUACGAGCGUCGUGGUCGGCCCCAGCCUUCCAAGCCAAUGCGCGGCCCAGAGCUGUACGAGCCGGAUGGUAAGCGAUAUGAAGUACGGGGUCGUCACGUGGAAUACAUGAACUGGGCUUUUGACUUCCGCAUUGAUACCCUCAAAGGGUUCCAAAUUUAUGACAUCCGAUUCAACGGGACGCGGAUUAUUUAUGAGUUGAGCCUACAAGAAGCUAUCGCCACAUACACUGGAUUCUCGCCGGUUCAGGGAAGUAACAACUUUGUGGAUAGUAACUGGUUCACAGGAAGCAACAAUCAUGAUCUGGUUCCAGGCGUCGACUGCCCGGGUACAGCUACGUUUUUUGACGUCGUCCAUAUGGCGGACACUUCCGGUCCAUAUACUAUCAAGAAUGCAGCAUGUUUGUUUGAGUUAAACUCGGGUAUUCCGCUGAGACGACAUUACGCAAAUGACUUUUCAAGUGCGUACCGAUUCUACGGCGGAAUGACCAAUCAGGUUCUUGUCCUUCGCACCAUAGCAACUAUCGGUAACUAUGACUACGUUCACGAUGCCAUUUUUUACCAAAAUGGCGUCAUUGAGGUCAAAAUGUCAGCUUCCGGUUUCGUCUCUGGGUCGUUCUACACGCCUGAUGUGUCACCCUAUGGCUACCCAAUCCACACCAACCACCUGACCAGUACAACACACGACCACCUGCUCCACUAUAAGGUCGACUUGGAUGUAGAGGGAACUACCAACUCAUACGAGACGAUUGAGAUAGGCAUUGAGAACACUACCAACCGCUUCAUGCCUGACUACCCACCACAUUUGUUCAGGAAAGUUCUCAAACCGAGCGUCAAGAAAACGGAGCAGGAAGCCCUGUACAAGUUCAAUUUUGACACGCCCAAGUAUCUCAACUUUUUCAACGAGGAAAAGAAAAAUAAGAUGGGGGUCAAGAAGGGGUACAGGAUCCAACAUCAUGGCAUCAUGAAGCAGCUCUACCCAGAAGACUUUGGCAUGAUUCCGAUGAUUAGUUGGUCUCUUUAUCAGCUUGCUGUCACCAGACAAAAGGAUAGUGAACCUUCCAGUACCUCCUUGUACAACCAAAAUGCGCCCUCGACACCCCAUAUCGAUUUCCGAGACUUCGUACGUGACGACGAGGAUAUAAUUAAUCAAGAUUUGGUUGCCUGGGUAACCACUGGCUUGAUGCAUGUACCUCAUUCCGAAGACAUCCCGACGACUGCAACCCCCGCGAAUGCGGCAGGAUUCUUUAUUCGGCCAUUCAACUACUAUGACGAAGACCCAUCUGUGGGCUCAAGCAAUGCGAUCGUGAUAAAACCCGCGAAUAGGGACUUCACUGCAAGUACGAUCCAUAGGUUUGGGACGCCUACGAAGCCAGUGUGUCUGCCGAAGGGAUACAAUAUGACAUUCGAUGGUCGCUAUGGUUACCUAGCAAUGGCGCGAGGGAACUAAUAUAGUUCUAAUAUAGUUUUAGAUAUCUUACCUAGGGGCAACGUGUUACUCGCUUUCGGUCAGGUUGUGUGAUCGCUAUAUGUUUAAGCCUGCGUUUGUGAACGUUCUAUAGGUGAUGGGAAGCCAGGUCGCUAUUGUUAGUAGUAUAGUAGGGACCGAAUUAGCCCUUUUUUGCGCAGGCAUACGUAAUGAGCCUUUGUUGACACAGGUUGUCCUUUGUUCUAGACCAUGUCUUUUGUUGACACAGAGGUCAACAAAACUAGAGCUCUACCGCUAGGGUGCGUGGAGAGAAAAAGGAUCUCUUACGGGUUAUUGUAUGGAAAUUUAAAUGAGGUCUACUAAAAGACAACGCACCAUUGUUUAGCGAGCACUUGUUUUUAUUCAACGUUAAUGAUAAAGUAAAAAUUACUAGGGUAACAAUGUUGAGAUCGUUUGAGUAUACAAAGAUUUUUAGCUAGCACAACUAGCACUGUAAUUUUAGUUAGAGCUUAGAUUACAUAACAUUAUUCUUUAAAACGGCUUUUUUCACGGUCAAGCAGUUCAACUACGAUUGUAAAAUGGUUUAUUCCAAGUUGGGACAUCUGCUUGCUGAGGAAUCGACUACUCUCUGAACAUC